GGAAGGUAGGUGAGAGAGAGAGAGAGAGAGAGAGAGAGAUUUUUUUUUUUUUUAUACGAUAUCACAACGUUUGAAAUGGUCCGAACUAUAAUUCCGUGCAAUUUCUCGUUGUAAGCAGGGAGAAAGGUUAUGCGCGUGCGUGUUUAUGCGAAAGAGAAGCAUGCGAAUAAAACAGAAAGAAUGAAAGAGAGAGAGAGAGAGAGAGAGAGAGAGAGAAAGAGAGAAAGAGAGAGAAGAGUUUCGGCGAAAGAGGGUGGGGGUAUCGUGAAAUGUAAGGUAAGAAACCGACAGUGGAGAAUGUGGGCCUGUGCCAAUCAGGAUCAGUUGUUAUCGAAUCUGCAGUCGGAGUAUAUAGCCAUACAUAUUCGCUCCGUAAAUAAUCUCUCUCUUUCUCUCUCUCUCUCUCUCUCUCUCUCUCUUCUCUCUCUAUCUCUAUCUGUGUGAAAACGUUCGUAAUAUAUUUAAUAAGAAAUCAAAGGAGAAAAUAAAUAGAUAAAUAAAUAGAUAGAUUUGAGAGAAGUGACGUAUCAAGAAGUUCGAGCUAGCUGAAGUGAUUAAUAAAAGCUUUGAUAUCAAGGAUAAUAUACGAAGAUAAAAAAGAAAAAAAAAUCGGUGGGGGGUGAGAUAAAAAAAAAAAAAAAGAAAAACAAAAAAAAAAAGAAGAAGUAGUCAUGUCGUACGAGGAUAUACGUCGUCGUGUACCAUUAAUAAUAACGUUAUUAUUUUUGACAUUGAACAAGAUCGAAGGACAAUUUCGUUGUCCCGAAUCUAAGGGUUUCUUUCCAGAUUUGGAACAGUGCGAUCUUUAUUAUUCUUGCGUAGACGGUAAACCCGAGGAAAAACUUUGCAAAGACGGCCUCGUAUUCAGGGACGAUAAUCCCAAGAAGGAACUUUGCGAUAUACCGGCUAACGUUCCAUGCGGCGAUAGGACUCUAUUACAGGAACCACAGCCAAGUAAAGGAUGUCCACGGGCUAAUGGAUAUUUCAAGCACGAGGAUCCAACAGCCUGCGAUAGAUUCGUUAAUUGCAUCGACGGUAUACCACAGAUAAUGCCAUGUCCGCCUGGUCUGAUUUACGAGGACAAAAUGUCGAGUUGCGUUUGGCCGGCUGAUGCCAGUAGAUUAUGCGAAAACGUUAAACGCGACGUCCUUGACGACGGUUUCGUUUGCCCGGACGGUGACGUGGCCGGUCCAUUGGGACGUGUUUUACCACAUCCGACCUAUCCCCAUCCAGAGGAUUGUGCCAAAUUUUACAUAUGUAGGAACGGCGUUGUACCGCAAAAGGGACAAUGCGAUAGCGGCACCGUAUACAACGAGGAAAGUUUUAGGUGUACCGAACCCGAAAACGUACCGGGAUGCGAGGAUUAUUACAAACGGAAGAACUAAGUCAGAAGGAAUAUACGGUGCCAAUUUAUCACAAUUAUUGUUACUCCUCAAUAAUAAUGCAAUCGAUGCAACCGAUGCAACCGAUGCAACCGAUGCAACCGAUACAACCGAUGCAACCGAUGCAACCGAUGCAAUGCUUAACAACGCUUUCGACGGAUUAUCGUUUAUUUUUGUAUUUUGGAAUAUUACAUAUGUGAUACAAUAAUUUCUACAAUAAAAUUAAAAAUACUUUCGUAGACAUAUUUGUUGUCGAAAGAUUAGAACUUUUCAUGAUAGAGGAAUUU